UUCAAGAGAAGAGAGCUGCGGGUGCACAUUAUCGGGAUGAACAAUUACCGACGAUUCACGAAGAAGAAGAGGAACAUGAUCUUUGUGAGCAGAAGGACGUGGACGUCGCGCAGAAGGACGAGCUCCACAUGGAAUCGCAGCAAGAGGUUCUACUUCUAGAUGCGGUCGUCCAGGACAAUUUACACGAAGAUGAUGAACAUAAUUCGAAGCAACCAGACGAGGAGCAGAAGUCCAACAUCAAGGCGGCAAUAUUAAAGCAACAAGAAGAAGAUGAAUUCGACGUCGCAGGGACGAGCCGCGAGAAAAAAGUCCCGAAUUAUUGUUCUACGACGGGGGCAAGUAGUACAAGCCCCGCCUGGGUACUACGACAACUACAGGCUCCUCACUCGGGACGAGACAACUCCUCGUCGUCCACUGCUACCCCGGCUGAGACGGCCAAGAAGGAGAAUGAUCCGGUGGAGAUGAACAGAAAACCGUUCGGCAUGAAGAGGCUGGGUGGUUUACUCCCGUUCCUCAGCAAGGCUGCGUCGAUCCAAGCAGCACCAGUAAAGACAGAUGACCUCGUCCAAUGUGGCACUGUUUCUCUUUCCAGAAAUGCAGGAGGAGGAAGCACCAGCAGCCGUAGUAGUAGAGCACCGCUGGAUCAUAGGAAUGAUACUGAAAAUGAAGCAGUCUCCAAGCACCCGGAUAAAAGUUUUUCAAAGCCUGGGUUCAUUCGCAUCGACGGGCGGUGGUACCCGGAUUUUUAUACGGGUUCAAGGGAUGAACAGCCGAGAAAUACUACGGAGAACAACAAGGUCGAGAAUAAUUACCGGAAAAGCGGAAGCUCAAGCUCUUCCUUAAAAGUGUAAGUGUUUCACUUGUUCUACCUAACUACAAAAACGCUACAAUCUUGUCCAGCAAGUUGUAGACGGCGAAACCACAAGCAGCAAUCUCACUGCUUUGCUAAAAUGGCGCACCGAAAAACAAAGAGGAGAAAACCUUUACCAUGUUCCGUGACAGCCGCCACGACCUUGUUCACUGCAGCUGCAUUAGCGCUCCUCGCGAGAGUGGUUCUGUCCGAAAAGCCUUUUGUUCUUUCCUCUCAGAACCAAAACUGGUUUCCCGAUCACGAUUGCAGAAAUUCGGAGAAAUGGAACCACUGGCGGGAACAAAUCCGCGACCAGCCCACCUGGCUGCGGCCGGAGAACACGAAGGUGCAAGCGGGAAUUGUGGACUUCUACUUGAAGCAAAAUCCAUCUGGACAAGACCAAGCGUACCACUACAACGACCCGGCGGACCCAAGUGCUCUGCUCCCCCACGAAGAGAAGAUGUAUGAGGAUUGUUACCUCGGCGCCCUCUACUCCGGCCUUAUCGUCAUGCUGACCUGCUGGCUGCGACAAGACUCGUGCUACUUUGAGAACGAGCAGAAACUGCAGAGAAUGUUCCCGCCCUUGAGAGUCCUGAUCGGGACGGAGUGGCCAAUAUUGGAGACGUUGGCGGAGACAGAUUGGUCCGCGAGUCCGAGCGCAAAGGAUCUGCAAGUGACCUGCGAUUUUCCAACAGAGAAAAAACCGCUAGUGGACUGGACACGGUUCAAGGAAGUAUAGAAAAUGGUACUUCUUCUUCUAGUUCUAUCUUCUUCUGUAGUACCUGCGUCGUGAAGGCUGUUCUUGGUCGUGUUGGCUUCUGGAAUUUCAAUUUCAGUGCACCGCGUGUGCAUGUGGUGCAUGAGAAAUGUUGCUGUGUAGCAGGGCAGUCAUUUUACAUCACAAAUUCUUUCUAGGUUUUCACGACCUCGCCAAAUUCCUGGUUUGAUUACGCCGUGAAAAUCGCGUACGGCAGAGAGCUGGAGCAAAACACCCAAGUAGCCAUCGCCGAAUGCCCCCUUGGGUUCCUGACCGCGAACAUUGUGAAAGCGUUGCUUUGUGCGAACACGGAGUCCGUGUGUUUCCCCGCCCACGCCGGCGCGAAUUAUCGAGAAUAA